AUGUACAAAUCUGAAAGAGAGGCAAAGAAGAAGGAGGAACCGCCACGAGAGGACCCAGUGAAGGCGAGGCUAAGGUUGGCCGAGGAGGAGAAGCAGAAGAAGCUGCAGAAGUUCAAAGAUGAAGCCGCUGAACAGGCUAACAAGAAGAUGGGAGCGGGCGAGCUCGCACUGAGAGAAAAACACAAACAGGCUGACAUGGAGAAGCAGAAGAAGCUGGAGAAGAUGAAGGAAGAUGCUAAAGCCUCCUCAUCCAUCUAUAACACCGGUGGCAGGGAUGUCAUGCAGAACAUGGCCGCUGCAGCUGGAAACAAUCCGACCAGUGGCAGUUCAGUGGGCAAACCUCAGGUGACCAGGAACCCAAGUGCCAUCAAGGAGAUGCUGAUCAAGUGGUGUCAGAUGCAGACGAAGGAGUACGAGAACGUGAACAUCACAAACUUUUCGAGCAGUUGGGCGGAUGGCAUGGCCUUCUGCGCCCUAAUCCACCACUUCUACCCAGAAUCCUUCGACUACAGCAAGUUGAACCCCAAGAAUAGAAGAGGCAACUUCACGCUGGCGUUUGAUGUCGCCGAAAAAUGCGCCAACAUAGCUCCUUUGCUGGAAGUAGAUGACAUGGUGAUGAUGAAGGUUCCAGACUGGAAGUGCGUCUUCACUUACGUGCAGAGCUUUUACAGGAGGUUCGGCAUGCAGCAGAAACCAACGUCGACGUCAUCUGCAUCGCCAGACGCCUGA